AUGGCGACUGGAGUCCUUCACAGAGUCAGCGGUGGUCUGGGUCGGGCUAAAAGCAGGGCCCAGGCGGCCGGACAGCUGGUCGUGUGGAGCAGGGGAUUUGCAGCAUCGAGCAGCAGACACGGACAGGACAGCUGGUUCAAGUCUCUGUUUGUGAGGAAAGUCGAUCCCAGGAGAGACACACACGCCAAUUUACUGACCAAAAAUGAGGAAAGUAACCUGUACAAAAUUCAGUUCCAUAAUGUGAAGCCUGAGUGCCUGGAUUCAUACAACAAACUCUGUGAGGAUGUUUUGCCCUCCAUCCAUGCUGAUAAGUACUACCCCUGUGAGCUGGUGGGCACCUGGAAUACCUGGUAUGGAGAACAAGACCAGGCUGUUCAUCUGUGGCGUUACAGAGGUGGAUACCCGGCUCUAACAGAGGUGAUGAACAAGCUCAAGCAGAACAAGGAGUUCACAGCGUACCGGAAGGAGCGGGGUAAGAUGCUGAUGUCUCGCAGAAACCAGCUCCUGCUGGAGUUCAGCUUCUGGAAUGAGCCUGUUCCCCGAGAGGGACCCAACAUCUACGAGCUCAGGUCCUACCAGCUCAGGCCAGGAACCAUGAUCGAGUGGGGUAAUUACUGGGCGAGAGCCAUCGGAUACCGCCAGCACAACAGUGAAGCUGUGGGAGGGUUCUUCUCACAGAUUGGGAAUCUCUAUAUGGUUCAUCACCUCUGGGCCUACAAAGACCUUCAGUCCAGAGAAGACACGAGGAACGGCGCCUGGCAGCAGGAGGGCUGGGACGAGGUGGUGUAUUACACAGUUCCCCUCAUUCAACACAUGGAUUCCAGGAUCAUGAUCCCGACAAAGGCGUCCCCGCUGCAGUGAGAUGAAAGCCGAGCUGGAAGCUGAUAUCAAGUGGCACCCCCCCACUCCCCCCUUUUUGAAUGUUACAUCCAUCCAGAGCAUCACUAUCACAGUUUCAGCCUCCUGUCAGUGCUGCCAGACAACAUCCUUUCUCUCUUCUUGCUUUAUCACUCCAACAUGUCACCAGGACAGAGGAGGCAACAAGCCCACCACGUUUCCCCAAUUAAAAAAUAGUCCUUCUAUAUUUGAGUUCUGGAGCAGCACGAGUAAAUUCGGUCAAUUAAAUCCUCCUGAUGGUCGUUAUGUUUCACAUCUGGUGCCACAUUAAAACCGGUCCAUAGAGAGAGAGCUCAUCUCUUAAGUUAGGAACCAAACAAAGUUACUUGAAAUGACGAGCAGCUGUGUGACGACAGAUUAGAUAGGAAGGUUUGCUGCUGAAGCUCGCUGCACAACGCAGUCGCUGUUUAUUUAUUUAAUGUAAAUUUGGAAUACGUGUUUUAAGAGUGCUGAGGAGUGGCACUUUGAUGCAAGCCACGCCACUGCUGAGUAGAGUGAGCGGAGGUCUCUGUAUAUUCAUGCAAACUGUAUUUCUGUUGCCAACCAUGAUAAAGAUGAUAAAAUAUGACGUGUAAAAAAAACUCAUUUUAUAUUUGAUUGAGGUCAGUUACAAUUAUUUUUUCUUUGCCAAACCACUCCUUUCAGUUGCUUUUUUCUGGAUGUUCCUUGGUUCCCUGUCAUGGUAAUGUUGCGGUUUCAUGGUGCUGUGUUUGUAUCUAUGGCUUUUACUUUCUCUUGUAAAAAAAAAAAGACGGCAUGCCUGAUUUUAAAACUGUUUUUAUCCAACAUGUUUUAAUUGGGCAUAACUAUCAUGUAUGAUAAACUCUGAAAACAUAUGUUAUCUUAUCAGUGGCCGAGUGAAAAAGGCACCAAGUGUGCAGUCGUGCUGCUGCAUAUUGUAAUAUCAGAUUUUAUUGUGAAAGGA